UAGAUUCAUUCUCGUCAUUUGGAGAGGACCUGCAGAGUGCAGACACAAUAGCCCCAUUGACUAGGUUGAUAGACGCUUGGACCAGGUCUUGGCAUUGGACUCGACCAUGUCUCUGGUGGAGGCUAGGAGUAAGAGAAGCGACAUGGCCAGAUAGCCUAUCCGGGUGCAUAGCUUAGCUGGGUCACUAAUCGCAGCGAGCUCUCGAGUUGCCAUCACCAACACGGCUCCGUGACCCUGGGGCCCACCACGAGGCCCGCGCUCUCGAGCCUAGCAUACGCCCCUCGGUCCUCCUGUUUCGCCUGCAGUUGACGAGAAAGAACAACACAACACUCUCUGGGUUGCACCUGGGCUGCCCAAACGCCCCUCGCCCCUCGCCCCUCGCCCACCCGCGCCCAGUAGCUGCCGACAUGCGCACCAGGCCACACGCGACUCCAACGAUUGCUCCCAGAUAGAGCUCCACGGACGGGGGAAUGCUUUCAGAACCAUGAGCGCAGACUCACUGCUGCCCAUCGCCCCUGCGAGGGUCAAGGCACUGGCCCUCCCGCUGGGCCACAUCAAGGCAGCCCGCUUCAACUCCUUCCUCGAGAGGCUCCACGCAGAACAUGUCGUCCACCUCCGCGAUGUCAGCGCCGACAAGCGCCCAAACAGAAACAUGUUCUCCCCGCUCGCCUUCCCCGACGGCGCCGUCUUCUACGAGCUGAGCCCCCAUGUCCCGCCCGCCUCGCACUCGGCUCUGCUGCCUUUCGACUUCUACAGGGAGCCGCUCGUGGUCGUGGGCAUUGCGGACGGGGCCGAGCUCGAGAACGCCGCCUUCGACAAGAGACUGUCCGGGGCGACAACGAUCGCCGAGACGAACUUGCUGGCGUUACAACAAGGCCUCAAUGACCUGAGGGAGACCUAUCACAAAGCAUUAGUCCAUAAUGUCUUGCUGUUCGACUAUGUGCACCCAGACGACCACCCUGUGGCCCUUCCAGAUGGCAUCAUUCCGAUACCGCCUCCUGCGCAGAGCAAAAGAACGACCAUGCGGACCGUCAUGUGCGACAUCACAUCGCUGUUGCUAGGUGAAAUGACCUCCUUGGCCAAGUCGUUUGAGGCCUUGUCAUAUAUCGAGUCGCCAGGGCAGACAACGGGCGCGGCGAACGGCGUGGACUCUGCCCUUGCCGACAAGCGACGGAACUCGCAGUUUGCGCUACCGAUCGGCCGGUCCGCCUCAGCUAGCGGCGCCCUCGACCGGAGCCAGGCACGCAUGUCAAUGCCUGUGCCCUUCAAGUCUUCUCCGAAGGGGCUCGACUCGGCCAGCUCAACGCCAGGCCGGCCCUCGACGCCGGUCAAGAGUGGGCUCGCGAACCCGCCCACCACGUUCGAUGACAUACCUGCAGCCCAGAGUCCCGGGAGCCCCGAGUCAAAGGCACCCAGUAAUGCUCAGUCGAACCGCAGCGCAAGCCAGGACCGGAUUUCCGUGCAUGGGUUCGGGUCUGGGGGCGUGAACGAGCGCUGGCGCAACAAGGGGAGGGCCAGGGUCACGAUUCUCUUGGCCUCGAUGUACCUCCAGGCAGGCCGGUGGACCGACUCACUAAAGGAGGCUAUCGACGGCGCUACCGUUUCCAAAUCGAUUAACGAUCAUCUUUGGCACGGAAAGGCACUCGAGAUUAUCGUCAUAAGCUUAAUUCUUCUGAGUUUCGCCGGGGUGGAAUAUCAGGUCCCCCAGAUUUGCAUCACUCCGCCCGACAAAGGGGGGGCAAAUGGUGUGCACGAGGAGAAUGUGGAUCCUAAUCAGCCAAAGUACCUCCGCCAGUUCCAGACGGCCCUCCCGGACUUGCUGGACAGAAUCCUUGCUCUAUAUUCUAGGAUAUCAGCAGAGCAUCUUCCACCGCUGCCAAUGUCCGAGGCCAUCAUCAGAUUUUGCAGGAUACUGGCAGCGCUGCACGUCGCAGAUGGCAAGCUUGGCGGCCAAUCUCUGGACAUGAUGAUUUUCGGAACUGUCCCUGACAGACCUCUCACAACAUCACCGAGACUGACCGUCAACCCGCCUCGGACGUUGAUCGUCAACAUUUUAAUGCGAGCGUUCCCGGGGCCUGGGUCCGAGCUGCUGACCACGCCCGAUCGUGCCUUGAUCUUGAGUGGCAUCGCGUCUGUUCUGGGGCUACUUGGAUACCAAAGAAAGAAGGCCAUGGUGAUACGAGAGUUGAUAUCGGUCGUCAUAGGGGGUCUGGUCGAUGCGCGCACUCGUGGAGCUGCCGAGGUUGGCAUUCAUCCGGCCGCAGGGCUUGUGUCCUUGAACAACAUCAACGGCCAGUCCAAAGGUGGCGUCCUCCAGCUUGCCGAGACUGACAUCGAAUCAGGAAUUGAGUCGUUCCUGCAAUUAAUUAUGAGAACGUACGGUGCGGUGGCUUUCGACACUCCAAUUGGUACUGACAGUUCCACGGAAGACGAAACACUUGACCUGGACUCCGACGCAGCAUGCCUGAGGCGGAUACAGAAACAAGGUGCAGCUCGCCUGUACGGAAUGCGGCAGCUGAAGCUUAAUAUUCUCAGGGCCUGCAUCAACUUUUCCGAGGCGUUGCCCGACUUCGCGGGUGUCUUGAAAUUCUCCAGUGAUCUCAUGCGGACAGCCGGCAGCGGCAUUGCUCCUGGGCUUCGCCAAGAGGAUGCAGCACCUCGGAUAUCGGUGGAGGAGCAAGUACGACUUAUGACAAACAUUUCCAAGACACACGGUCUCACGGAAAGGAUAGGCUUGGGUCACAUGGAGGCAGAAUACUGGGAUGAGUUCCUCCUCAGAGGCAUCAAGCUCGACCCCAUGCCCAUCACCCGCACGCCCAUAGAGCACGCAAAGACUGAGCUACCCGGGUUUUCAACGACCAGGACGUCUCAGGAUGUCAACCCAUUCAUACACAACCCGUUCCAGAAGCUACCCGACAAGGUGGCCAUGGUCAGCAACCUCAUCGCCGGAGAGCCGGCAACGUUCAAACUUACAAUACAAAAUCCUUACGACACCGAGAUAGACAUUGUUAGCGCACGCCUAGCCACUGAGGGGGUCGAGUUCGAGUCCAACGUGGAGAAGGUUGUCAUUGGGUCCUACCGGACGCAAUCAAUGCGGGUCACUGGCACUCCCAAAGGCUCAGGCUCCCUUCGCGUUACAGGCGCAAUAAUACGCGUACGAGGAUGCAGGGAAAGAAGGUUUCCUAUUUUCUCGGAUGCUUGGUCCCCGGGCAACGAGGUCAAAGUGAAGGCCACGGGGCUCGAAGCACUCGAUUACCACAUGUCUCUGCCGGUGCCAUCUCAUCCUCUCCCAAAGCCCCACCAGAUGGAGCUGAAUGUCAUUACACAACAGCCUGUGGUGGUAGUCAAGUCAACGACCCUCCCCCAGUCCUCAGUCAUGAUUUUAGAAGGGGAGCGGCAGACAUUUUCGGUGACGCUCCAAAACCUUUCGAGCACACCGGCCGAUUUCCUCCUGUUCUCAUUCCAAGACUCCACCCAAGGACCGCUUCAAGCGGCCCUGAGCAACCGAGAUGCAACGCCAGCCGAACUCUAUGAGUACGAGCUCAUCUUGGCCAAGAAACAGGCCCUGCGCCUCUCAAAGGCUGUUAGCAAAAGAUACAUCGCGCCUGGCGACACUGCAACAUUCGAGUUUGAAAUACUCGGCAAGCCAGGUUUGACAAACGCAAUAGUCCAAAUCGAUUACGCUCACUUCGGGGUGCCGCCCGAAGAAGUUGAGCAGAAAUUCUUCACGCGCCAGGUGUCGCUGAACAUGACGGUCACCGUCAAUGCCAGCGUCGAGAUCGCACGGAUGGACGUGCUUCCUCUCCAUGGAAGCAUACCGCAGCCAUUAUGGGCAAGGACAAGCAAGAGCAGCGGCCAAAGCCAUGUGCUAACUUCAGACAAGUACUGUCUGCUGCUGCUUGAUCUGCGCAAUGCCUGGCCAAGCAACAUGAUCGCGCACCUUGAGGUUGAGGACGGCAGUAUCAUCGAAGAGCACAUCCUGCCUGGCAACACAAGCCGCGUGAUCGUGCCGGUGAAAAGAAUAUAUCUCGAAGACCCACACGCAUCAGUACCAGCACUCAACCCGUCGCGCCAGCGGCAAUUUGUGGUGAGCACCAGCCACAUCUCCCCAGACGUCGAACGAGCCAACCGCGAGGCCUUCUGGUACCGCGAGAAGAUCCUCGACACCAUCAAGGGCACGUGGAAGACAACCAGCAGGCCCACGCGCACCGGGACCAUCGAGCUCCGCAGCAUGCGCCUCACGCCGCGGAUGAUCGAGGCGGUCAAGGUCGACGAGGUGGGCAUCGAGGUCUCGGUGGAGGACCCCUCGUCCUCGGCGACGCUCGCCUCGGACGCGACGAGGACCAAGGCGCAGCGCACCUCGCGCAACACGGUGAGCGUCGACGACUUUGUGCAGAUCCGCGUGCACAUCACGAACCGCACCGAGGCGCCGAUCCACCCGACGCUGCGGCUGAUGCCGGCGCUGUGCCACCGCCCCCUCAACGUCGCGCUCGACUACACGCGCAAGCUGGGCUGGAACGGCACGCUGCAGCAGUUCCUGCCGCUGCUGCCGGGCAAGCAGAGCGCCGACGUCGUCGUGGGCGUGACGGCGCUGUGCCGCGGCGAGUUCGAGAUCACGGCGUCGGUCGAGGAGACGCAGGUGUGGCGGCCCACCACCGACGAGGAGCGGCGGCGCGAGUCGGCGCGGCGCAGCGGGGGCCGCCUCGGCGCCGACGGGCGGCCCCGGUCCGCCACGCAGGAGCUGCAUGACCUCGUCCUCGGGGCGCGGGAGAGGCGCAUCUGGCACUCGCGGCAGCCGUGCCACCUUGUCGUUCGGGACCAGGAGGAGUAGGGCUGGCCUGGGCCGGACGGUAUUGGUGAUGCUGUGGGGCUGUCUGAUACGAGUGCGAGUGAUGAUAGCGCUGGGUUCCAUGUUGUCGAGUGUCUUCCGGAUGGCACUGUGGAGUGAGAUGGUGGGGGCCGGUGUUUUGUAUAGGCGAGGGAGGGUGUCUAGCUAGCUACCUGAGUUGGUACUUUGCACGCAUGGAUAGAUGGAGGUUAGCGCGUAUUUGAAAUAGAGAAUAAGCAUUUGAACAAGUGUUGUUCUUUCUGUUGUCUGGAUUUAUUAUCCGGU